CAGCUUGCCAAAUUACUGUCAAAAGUCAUUGUCAAAGUCAAAAUAAAAAUACACAACAUAACCUCAAAAUUACACUAAAAAUCAAUUAAAUAUCGCUAUAGUUAAGAAUAAUUUUAUAUACACUAUCUAUUAUGGCAUUAUGGACAUGGGGUGCUAAUUCACACGGACAACUGGGUGUGGGUAUUGCAAAUGAACAAAUAGAGAAACCAACAAAGGUUGAAGUACAUUUGUAUCACUGUAAAAUAAACCAAAUUGCUUGUGGAGGUGGUCAUACUCUCCUUUUAGAUAACGAGGGCAAACUAUAUGGUUGUGGAUGGAAUUCAAAACUCCAACUAGCAAGAGAAACUGAAGUACACAAGUUUGAACGGACAUGGGCAUUAAGUGGCGUUACAUUUACAAACAUAGUUUGCGGCUGGGACUUCAGCUGUGGAGUAACAGAUGACCAGUUUUUGAUCGUUUGGGGAUCUAAUGCUUAUGGCCAACUAGGUGUACCAUCAACUCCUAAAGAAUUCUUUUCAGAAAUCAUGAAACCUAUUAGACUUCCAAUUAAUGCUGUUCUAGUUUCUAUGGGACUAAGACAUACCGCCAUUGUAAACUCUAAAGGAGAAGUGUGGACCACAGGAUGUGGUAGGCAUGGACAACUAGGAUUAGGAAACAGUAUAUUGUCUUCUGAUAGGUUCCAGAAAGUGGAAGGUGUAGGUAAAAUUUCCCAUAUAGCCUGUGGGCAAAAUCAUACUGUAGCUUGGUGUUCAGAGGAAAGAGCCUUAUAUGUAUGGGGAGACAAUAAACACGGCCAGCUCUUACUGUGUUCUGAAAAAUAUAAAAAAAUAUAUACACCAAACAAGAUUGAUAUAGAUGUGAAACAAGAAGUGAAGAAGUUAUUAAGUGGAUGGACCAAUGUAUUAUUAUGGUUGGAAGAUGGAAGUCUCUUAGCCUGGGGCAGAAAUAAUAAUGCACAGCUAGGCACAGAUAAAGCUGUUCCCCCAGGAACAUUCACACAUAUCAAGCUUCCAGAGGGCCGAGAAGUACAAGAUGUUGCACUAGGUUCUGAGCACACAAUUUGUUUAGCAACAGACAAUACUCUUUGGGCUUGGGGAUGGAACGAACAUUUCAACACAGCCAUUGAUUUAGGACACCAAAUAGUACAACCAACUUUAGUGCCUUUAGAAAUUGAUAAAAAUCAAAAAAUUACACAAAUCUAUGCUGGUGGAGCUCAAAAUUUCGUAGUGAUUGAAGAAUAAGUAGUCAAAAAUACCUAAUUAUCUGUGAUAUGCCAUAGGCACACCCAACAGUGAAAUCAUUGUGUAAUCGUAAAUGACUCAUGCUAGUCCAUAUUGUUUAUUGCAAAUGCCUCAGUUAUGCGCAUA